CUUCCACUUUUCUCUAGAUAUUACACGUUGGAUUUAUAUAAAUCAACUGCUCAAAAACUAAUAUCAAAAGAAGCUUGAAAAUGUCGGAAGAAAACUUCAAUUGGAAUUGUGAAAUGGAAGUGAACUUAUUUCAUGCACUCCGGGGUCAUAAACCAGUUGGAGUCAACAGACAUUUCCACAUGGUCAGCAUUCAUGAAAAACUUUCAAGUACAAACAAGAAGAUUACAGCUAGGCAAAUAUGGGAUUAUCUCGGUGAAUUAUACGACUUAAAUGCCUUGAAUGAGUCCGAGAUAUUGCCAUUUCCAAACAAAGAAUUAGACUUCAGUUUACCAGAAAAAGACUUUUCAGAUGUCAAAGAAACAUCAUUUCCUCGUUUAAUACAUCCAAAACAAGAUACUGAUAAACUUGAUGUUAAACCUGAAAAAACUGAUAAACCAGAAAAACAGGAUAAAAGUGAAAAGGCUGAUAAACAGGACAAACCUGAUAAAGGUAGUGACUCAGGAUCAUCAAAGUCUUCCAAGUCAGAUAGUCGUCAUUCUGCUGGUACACCAGUGUUAAACACACCAGAUAACUCACCUAAACGUAAACGAACCCGCAACACUCCAUCAUCCACAGCAAGUCCUGCUACACCAGAUGCCCCGCCUUCAAAACGAAGAAGAUAAAACAGAAUAAAACUUUAAUCGGACAUAAUUAUGGAGGAUAUAUUUUAUAUUUUUCAUGUCAUAUUGGCAUGAAACAGUCUUACAGACAGAAGUGUUCAAUCAAUAUCAUUAGGGUGGUAAAGUGCCUUUGAGAUGUAAAAAAAAAUUGUAUGAAGAUUUUUUGACUGCACAUUUACAAUUUUAAACUUAAAGUCCAGUGAUACAGAUCAGACUUAUAUACAUGUACAUGUAAUAAAAAAAUGUGAAUUAUAAAGACA